AUGGAUUGGUGUAAAUGGAUCCCCGCCAAAUGUAACAUCAACGGUUGGAGAAUGGAAAUGGACAGAAUUCCUACCAGUGAAUCCUUAAAGAAAAGGGACGUUCAGAUUGGAGAUUCUCUUUGCCCGAUGUGCAACUCGGUCGAAGAAACUUCAGAGCAUCUCUUCAUUGCCUGCCAUGUUGCUUCGAUUGUCUGGAACGAGAUCAACUUGUGGUGUAAGAUUCCUAACAUCUUUGCUUUUUCGCUUAAGGAUCUUCUUGGUAUUCAUAAGGAGCUUAGGGCCUCAGAGAAAAAGAAGGAAGCGGUCCAUGGAAUUGUCAUGAUAGUUUGCUGGAGCUUGUGGCGUGCUAGAAACAAUUUGAAAUUCUCUAAUAAACCGAUUAAGAUAGAUAGUAUUUUAAGCGAUGUCAAGGCUAUGGAUUAUCUAUAG